GGUGUCCACAAUAAAUAUAAUUAGGUUUUUUCAAAAAAAAAAAAAACAUAAUUAGGUAAAAACAAAACAAUAUAAAAAUGAAGGGAAAAAUGCAAAAAGAGUCAUUGAGGAUAUAUUAAAGUAUAUAAAAAGACCAGUGCUGCGGCUGCGAUGGUAUUAUUAUGACUUCGUAUCAGAGUGUGUCAGUAGUGUAUCUCCUCUCUUCCUAAAACAAUCGCUUCACUUUCCCGUUUCAAUUUUCCCGGAAAAUAUCACUGUAUCGUUUAGUUUCCCCUUUCAUUUUCCCAGAAUAAUAAUCGUAAUUUACUUUCUCAAACCUAUACUAUUAAUAUUCAUCAGAGAUCAAAGCAUUUUCUCGGUCUCUGUUUCAAUUUCACGGAAAAGACAAAAAAAUAAAACAGAGUGAGUUAAAAAAAAAAAAAAAGAUGAAGCAGUUUGAGUACCAUGGCGUGGAGGCGGAGAAAGCGGAAGCGAUGAGGAGAUACAACAACCGUCGAAGCUUCCGUAACUUUCUACGUUUAGCCGCCGUAGCUUCUCUCUGUUACUUAUGGUUCCCGACUGUGGCGGUUUUGUUACAAACCGUCGGCGGUUUGAUUUACCGGACCGGAUCGGCUUUGAUAAACGAUCGUACUGUCGCCUUCGUCUUCGCUAACCUAAUCGUCGUUUUGAUCUUCCUUCUCUCCGGCGAGAGCAACGACGAGAAGAGUAGUAGUAGUAGUAACGAACCAGAUCUCUACGAUCAAUACACGUCUUCUUUCUCCACCGUUACCGUAACCGCCCCCGACGAGAAAGUGGUGGAAGUCGAUGUUGAUUCGAACAAGCAAAUCGUUCCGGCGGCGGAGGUUGAAGAGGCGGUUACGACGAAGAAGGAGAUCGUUCCGGCGAAUGUGGUGGACUACGAUGAAUCGAUCAAGCAAAUCGUUCCGGCGGAUGUGGUGGACUACGAUGAAUCGAUCAAGCAAAUCGUUCCGGCGUAUUUCCCGGAGGUUUCCGCGGAUGAGGCUAGUGAGGAGAAGGCGGUUACGACGACGGGAAUUUAUAGGAGGACGAAAUCGGAGGCGAAGAAAAAGAAAUCAGGGGCGGUGACAGAGUACCGGAGAACGGAAUCGGCGACAGAGGUGGAGAUGGAGAGGCUGAGCAGUGAAGAGUUUCGUUUAAAGGUAGAGAGCUUCAUAAUGGAGACGAAGAGAAGCCUUAUUCUUGAAAACGACGUCGUUCAAUAAUCAAGUUCGAGGACUUGGAUCUAGACAUGGCCUCGUUGCUUGCUACUACUGCCAGUAGCGAUGGCUAUGGCCUAUGGCUCUGUGUGUCGUGGUAGUCUAAAAAGCUGACUUAAGAGUUAGAUAGGGGCAACAAAGUAAAAACUCAAAAAUGAGUUUGGUAGUUAAUUUUAAAAUUAGAUGAUGCUGGUGGUUUUAUUUUUCUGAAUUCGCUAGCUUUUAUUUUCAAUUUUUCAUCUUUGAUGGUUUAUUAUGCUUUUUACUAGGCACGUCCACCACAAUGAAGCUGAAAUACGGAAAUACAAUAUUUCUUUGCUUUAUAAAUUGUAAUCAUCAAUGUCUUAGAUUAUAAACAAAGACAUUUUUCAUAAUGACUCGUAAACAUAUAGGACAAAAAAAAAAUGGAGAAAAUUAUGAUCAUAGCGACGGAAGCAAUGCAGAGACGGAAGUGAGAGAAAAUAGUCACUGAUAUAAUAAAUAAAAAUGUACUUUGAAUAUCAACACAAAAAAAAAAAAAAAAAA